AGGCUCUCUACAUUCAUAUUUAAAUCCAUCGUCGAUGAAAUAUUAUGUUAAUUUCGCCACCUGCAUUUUUCCUGCUUGCAAACCGUAAACUGCAAACACGCUGAACAACUGUGAAUUCACAAUCUUUCCGUUUUCUUCGUGCCAAAAAUUUGACGCUUUUUCAGAGCAAAAGAAACGACGCUAUAAACUGUUUUGUGGUGAAGUUUUACUGCUCGCAGUGUGCCGAUUGUUGGAGGGGAUAGGGUUUUGUACGAUCCCUGUUUGGGGGAUUUUUGAUGAGGCAGAAUACAGUUUUUUUGGGGGAAUUUUUAAAAUUCAGGUAUUGUCUUCUCCGGUCCGGUGCAUACCAUAUUCUGUUGCGCUGUCAGUUAAUGGUUUUGUGACAUUUGAAGCGAGAGAAGAUUGUAUAUUGGGGAUUUAAUUGGGUAUUUUGGAGUUGAAUAUUACAGAGAAAUGAGGGGUUGUUAAGUGGGCUGAGAGGGAAAAUUGUUAGGAAUGGAGUAGGAAGAAUUUCCCCAAGGCAUUGUUGAUUGAAUAUUACAUUCUGCUAAGGAUUGUGGGACAGUUAAGUAGGACGGUUGUAUUCCUGGGGGUUGGGGAAAGUUUGGUUUCCAGGAGUUAAUACACCUUGUAAAAGGCACUGUUGUUUCUUUAAUGUUCUCGUUUUUCGUGGGUCUAAAGCACCUUACAUUCAAAAGGAAUUGUUGGGGAUAAUCAGGACUGUGUUGUGGCAUUAGAAUUUAUUCUUUCUAAGAAUAGCUAGAUCAUGUCUGGUGCUGAUGGAGAGAACUGAGCCUGCAUUAGUUCCAGAAUGGUUGAGAUGCACAAGAAAUUUUUCCGGAGGUGGAGCCUCAGUCCAUCUCUCAGAUGCUUCUUCUUCUGUACACUCCACAAGAAGUAGGCCUUUUAGGAGCAACAGUGAGAAGGAAAGCUCACAUUACCUUCAGAGAAGUUCUUCAUCCAAUUCUAGGCGUAGCUCAGGUAUAAAUGGCUCUACGAAGCAUCCGUAUAGUAGUUUCUCAAGGAGCCACUGGGACAGAAACCGUGACAGAGAGAAGGAGAAGUCUAUAUCUGAUGACAUCUGGGAGCAUGACCCUUUGGAGAGCAUUUUAAAUAGUAGAGUUGAGAGAAAUUCUUUGAGGCGUUCUCAAUCAUUGGUUUCAAGAAAGACUGGUGAACCUUCACCUCGAAGAGUAGAUAAAAAGGACUCGCCUAUUAGUGAGAAUGGUGCCCUUUCGCGGGGGAGCAAUCUAAACGUAAUCCAGAAGUCUGUGUUUGAAAAGGAUUUUCCAUCACUUGGGACUGAAGAUAAGCAAGGUGUAGCUGGAAUUAGGAGAGCCUCAUCUCCUGGUUUGAGUUCAGCUGUUCAAAGUUUACCCGUGGGCAGCUCAGGAUUUCUUGGUGGUGAGAAAUGGACUUCUGCUUUAGCAGAGGUGCCUGCUGCUGUUGCAAAUAAUGGCACAGGUCACUCUCAUGCUCAACAGAAUGUUUCUACAUUUCCAAAUUCAUCUUCUGGGGUUUCUGUUAUGGCAGGUCUUAAUAUGGCUGAGGCACUAUCACAGCCUGCAGCUCGCAGUCAUGCUAAUCCCCAGCUACCUGAUAAAGGUCAGAGACUUGAGGAGUUGGCCAUCAAGCAAUCGAGGCAAUUAAUUCCUGUGACACCUUCAAUGCCUAAACCAUUGGUUCCUGGUGCUGGAGAUAAAUUAAAACAGUCAAAAAUCGCUCUGAGAACUAAUGAUAUGACUGUGGCUCCCAAGGCUGUUCAUUCACUGCCCCAUUCUUCUCAUUCUGCUAAUCAAUCUCGUGCUGGACAAAGCAGGUUUGAUUCUGCCAACAACCCCCAUGUUGGAAAGUUUCUGGUUCUUAAACCAGGUUGUGAAAGUAUCCCUGUUGGGCAAAAGGAUGUAUGUUGUGCAACUGGUAAUGCCAAUGGAAAAGUAGUUAAAGAUGGCCAGGUUGCUACGGGUUCAUGUACUGCAGUUGCACCAAUUAGUGCGAGCAAUUCCAUGGUUUCUGUACUUGAAAACAAGUCUGCUGCUCUAUCACUAGGUUCAAGAUCCUCUAUGGAAAAGAAACCGACCCAAUCUCUGGCACAAAGCAGAAGUGAAUUCUUUAAUCUCAUGAGGAGGAAAUCCUCAGUCCGUGCUCCUGCCGUUCACUCAGAUUCAAGUUUGGAUACUCUAUCUCCCAGUGCAAAGACAUCUGUAGAAAAUUAUAAAGAAGGCUAUGCUGCUACUACCACUCCUUGUGUUUUAGAGAAUGGCAACCAGAUGGUGUGUAAUGGUGAUAGAUAUGAUAUUACGGAGAAGACCAGGGGAUGUCUUCCGCAUGUCGGAGACAGUAGCUUGUCUUGUCAUGGAUACAUUUAUCCAGAUGCAGAAGAGGCUGCUUUCCUUCGUUCACUUGGCUGGGAGGAAAAUAGCGGGGAAGACGAAGGAUUGACUGAGGAAGAGAUAAAUUCUUUUUAUCAGGAGUACAUGAAGCAGAAGCCAUCCUUGGAGGUGUGUCAAAGCUCGCAGCCCAAGUACCCUACAGCAUCUAAACUUCCCAAUCCCAUUUCAGACGAAGUUGCUGACUCCAGCUCUCCUGAGUCUGAAGCUGAAUCUUGAUUCACGAGACCAUGCUGGAAGUUAUCUGGAGGAUUCAAUUUUGUUGGCAGAGUACUUUUUGGUGAUUGCUUUUGUUCUAGAGGAGAGCUAAGGUUUUUGCUUGAUAAGGAUAUUUGGCUGUGGAUAUUGGCAGAAUUGAGGGAUGGUAUAAUAAAUAGUUGGCACCUGAUAUUGGCAGAAAAGGCAUCUUGUUGAGCGGUCUACAUCCGAAAGAAAGGAUGAUAUAGGGGAUGAUGCAGUCUUGCAUUUUGCAUCGACAGUCGUUGGUAGGACUUCUUUUUGAUAUUUCCUCCUUUCUUUCUAGUGGUUGGGAAAAGAAGUUGCCCAUGUUUGAUUAAUUUUACUCCAUGAAAAAGGAAAUGAAAAUGGGUUACAGAUUUA